AGUUGUUAAAAGCAAUAAAUAUAUUUACGUUAGAGUUAUUUAUCAACAUCUAUUUACAAUGUCAGCAUAUUCGGACACUCCAAGAAAAAAAAAUAAAAGAAAUAUCACUCCAUCGUUUUCUGAUGAUGAACACAUAGAGCCACCAUCAUUCAGCUUAGCAACACUUGGUUUACAAAGGGUUGGUACAGAACCACCAAAACCAAAGAUGCAGUCAGCAUUACCAAUUCAAAUGCUUAACGCACGUGGGAUGCCAGCAAGAAUACGUAAACGUAAUCGUUUAUUCUUUGAUGAUAACAUCAUUAAUGAUGAUAAACCAUUACGAAUGAGUUUGUCCCCAAGAAAAACACCCGUAAAAGCAACAAAUAUUUCUCCAGCAAGAACUCCGUCUUCUAAAGUUUUAAGAAAACGAAAAUCCAUGCCUACAAGCUACUUGCGACUAAGUGAGAAAAAGAAAAAAUUAGAUGAUUCACCAACAAGUUCAAAAGUCAGUUAUAUAUCCAAUUCUCUAUUUUGGCCAUUAAAACCAUCUAAGGAGGUGGCGCUACCGAAAAGUGCCACAAUAGAGGAAGAGAAUGACUCUGAUAAAAAGCUUGGCCAUCUUCUUGGUAUUCGUUUACGUAAUUUACUCAAACUGCCUAAAGCACAUAAAUGGGUUUUUUAUGAAUGGUUUUAUUCAUUUCUUGAUAAACAAUUACUUCUUAAUGAAAAUGAAUUUCAAGUUUGUUUAAAUGAACAUUUUCCUGGUCUACAAACUAGAAAUCUUAACCUUAUUGAGUGGAGAAAAAUUCGAUCAAUGCUUGGCAAACCUCGGCGUUGUUCACAGGCAUUUCUCGAUGAGGAACGCAGAGAGUUGGAACGCAAGCGUCAAAAAAUACGUUACUUACAAUCUCGUAGAGGUGGAGAUAUAAAAGAUAUGCAGUAUGUACGUGAUCUACCGCAUAAGAUACCGCUUCCCCUACCAAUAGGUACGAGAGUAACUGCACGUCUACGUGUGCCACAAGAUGGCAUUUUUAGCGGAAUGGUUGAUGCAUUCGAUUCAUUGUCAUCAUUAUAUCGUAUAACCUUCGAUCGUGCUGGAUUAGGAACACAUUCUAUACCGGAUUAUGAGAUAGCUUCAGACAACUUUUUUGAAAUGUUACCGCUACAGAGCAUUGCUAAAGAUUUUCGACCAAAUCUCUCAACUGUAUUAACAAAUUCUGCCGCUAACAAUAUGACACCUUUAAAAAAUAUGCGUAACGGACGCGAUAGUAUGAAUCUUAAUAAAAGUGAUCCUCUAUUAGCACAAGAAAUAAUAGAAAGUCCCUUUAAAACGGAAAUAUUUGGUCGAGAACGUAUUAAUGGUUAUCCAGCUAAAUUGCUCGAGACAAUAGUACGUCUUAAGCGUGCACUUGCAAUUAAACGCACAAAACUGCAACGUCUAUGUAAUAUGAAUAAUGAAGCUGAAAUUAAUAUAUCACAAGAAAUGCCAAUAAAUAAUAAUGCUUUAUCUGAUGAUUCUCAACAACUUCCCGAACCAUCUUUGCAAGUCAGUGAAGAAUUUCAACGACGUUAUGCUUCCAUCGUAAUAUCUAUGGAAAAAUUAAAUCGCGAUAUACAGGAUUAUCUAAAUGACGUACAGGCAUAUACUGCAGAAUUAACUCGUGACCCGCAAGUUCAGGCAAUGCUCGCUCCAUCUUACUUACGGGAAAAAUGCCGUGAAGCUGCUCAGCUUGCAGUACAAAAGAACAAUCAGGGCAUCCUGAAGAAUAAACGAAUUUUAACUCUAAUUGAAAACUUGUCUACUGUUUUGUUGGUUGCUUCUCAUCUUGGCGCUGAUGGCAAAUCCAACCAGGUUAGCAAAAUAAUGGAAGGUUGCAUUGAGGAAGUAAAAUCGUCCAUUGAAGAUAUCAAUGUGGACACAUUUCAAAAGCAUAUCAAAAUACAUUUACACCAUAUACGAUUAGGAAUUGGACAAAGUAUAAUGUUGGCUAAUAAUAACAAUAGCAAUUAA